AUGAUUAUUCUUCUGGUGUAUGGCAAUUUGAAGGAUAUAUAUGGGUACGUACCAAAUGGUACAUAUGGGGUGUGCAUCAUGCAAGUGUUUGGUGCUAGCUCUCAGGCUACAACCCUAGCGCUUACAGUAAACAAUGGUUCACUUUCUUACAAUGGGGGUCCAGUCCUAGUCCCAAACAUCUACGAUAGGUGGUUCCUGCUAAAUGUAAUCCAUGACGUUGAUGCCUCAGAUGUGAAGGUAUAUAUAGAUGGGGUUCUCAAGUAUGAGGCUGCUGGACAUGGGGAAAAAACACGUUACUUCAAAUGCGGAGUCUAUGCACAGAGGAAUGAUUCAUAUUAUAUGGAGUCUCGUUGGAAGGAAAUUAAAGUUUUUAAGAAAUGUUGA